AUGUCCGUGAUGAUGGAGAUGAGGGAGCUGAUGAAGCUGACGACGGCUACGAGCAUAGCGCAGCUCGAUGGCAUUUUCUGCUGCCCUAGUGGCAUGACGUUCUCCGGCGACCUGAACAGUAACUCCUGCGGGGCGACAAUGACAGAGGCGGUUAUCACGGCUAUCAUUUACGUGCAAUCAGAUUGCGCCUCGCAGCUCCCGACGUUCACUGUCGGUCCGGGGCGGUCAGGAACGUAUAUGUUGGGCACCGAUAUCAUCUCACAAAACGCCACGAACGUCGUACAAGCCACGCUUAUCUUGUUUUGGAGCCAGCGGAAUGCCGCUGCGGUCUCGUCCCUUACCAUCAGCGCAUCAACGUCAUCAACCGGCAAAUCACAGUCAGUGCCCACCUUUGGCGGAAACGGCCCGGCGAUAGGAGAACAACAAGGCCAAGGCCUACCGCAGACUGCCAAGAUCGGUAUCGGUGUGGGCAUCUCAGCAGUUGUCCUCCUCCUUUCAUGCGUGGUAUUUUUCGUUAUCAGACGACAUCGCAGGAAAAGGUUCAGCGACGCGGGGCACGACGACACCCCAGUCAGCCACAGCCGCCACUCUGCAUUCGAGGGAAAAGCCGAGCUCGAUGCCGCGGCGACCCGUGCAGAGCUUGAAGGGUCCCUGGGAGACGAGGGUGGAGCGGGCGUGUAUGAGCUGAAGCCGGAGCUCGGGGGAACCCUUGGCGAACAUGGCGUAGGCUGGACGGGUCUACGUGAAAAAGAAGUCUGA